UGCGCUGUGAGGUUUCACGUUUUUCUUCCUGCAUGAAUUGUACAACAUUGUGCUCUUCACACACUGUCUGAGACACUUUCUGAUACACUCACUGAGACACUCGCUGAAACAAACACUGAGAGACGAGGAGAGCCAUGACCACCGCAGCUGUUGCUGCUUCUGCUGCGUCCGAGGAGCUCAUCUGCUCCAUCUGCCUGGGCGCGUUCCACUGCCCGUCCACGCUGAGCUGCGGCCACUCGUUCUGCCUGCGGUGCCUGGAGGACGCGUGGCAGGUGGCCGGGCGCUGCUUCUGUCCCCAGUGCCGAGCCGAGUUCGAGCAGAAGCCGCAGCUGAGCAGGAACGUGGCGCUCGCCAACCUUGUCGAGGAGCUCAGCGUGGGGGAGAAAGCGGCUCCGCAGGUUUCCUGUGACAGCUGUCUGGUCGGUGAAGUCCCCGCUGUGAGGAGCUGCGUGACGUGCGAGAUGUUCUUCUGUGAGUCCCAUUGUCAGCGUCACCUGCAGAACGCGAGGUUCAAGGACCAUGAGCUGGUGGAGCUGGGUGUCAGCGUGGAAGCUCGCAAGUGCAAGAAGCACAAGGAAAGUCUCAAGUUCUACUGCACGCUGGACGAGAGCCUGGUCUGCACGAGCUGUGCCAUCGUGGGGGAGCACACAGGACACAAGUUCAGCAGCGUGGAGGACGCGCACGAGGCACGGAAGGAGGAACUCAGAAUCGAGAAGACGAGGAGAGAGGAGAACAAGAAGAUGGCAGCGUCACAGACUCAGUCGCUCAGGGACGACUAUCGGCGCGUGCAGGAGUCUCUGCGUGGGGCCAAGGAGCGGAUCAGCCAAGAGUUUGAGCGCCGGAGGGAGCAGCUGAGGGAGGAGGAGAGGGAGGCGCUGGAGCGCGUGGAAGAGGAGGGCCGCUCCACGCUGUCCCGCAUCCAGGCGGACAUCGCUCGCUACGAGAGCAGAGCACGUGGCCUGGAGCAGGAGAUCAACCAACUGCUCGCCGCCCUCACCGUGCAGGACCCGCUUUCCUUCCUGCAGGAUCCUAUCCAUAAGCAGCUCAGGAGGAGCUCUGCCUCUGAGAGGACUCAGGAUGACCCAGCCCCCGUCUCCACCCGCCUGGAUUUCGCAAAGGUCAUAUCAGUGGGAGGCGUCCAAACGAAUCUCCUGGCUUUUCAGUGUAGGUCUCUCUGGUUCACUGAUAGCUGUAGUCCCAUUCACGACAAACACAAGAUCACCACCACGAGGCAGGCUUGUGUCGUGUAUCUGAGGAGAGGUGAGAGUGCACAGGCACUUGCCAUCUUUGGAGGGGAGGCCUGUGAGGGUUGCUUCAUUUCGACCAUCUCUCUCCCCUCAAACAAUUCUGGUCUGUCCAUUCACCUGGCCCGGGUAACUUAGCCAACCAUGCCCGAAUAAAACCCCACACCCACGAACAAGGUAAAACUCACUCUUCAGAAUCCUUAAAUUACAAAUACAAAAUAAACACAAGCUAAAAACACCGAACAUUUAAUGUAAAAACUGCUCAUUUGCUGUCAGAGUGAAAGACGUUUCUCCAGUCUCCAGCCUAGAUGAUUUGUUGAACUCGAACCACAGGUAAGCUGGCACUGAACUUCUGGCAGGGUGAGAGACGUCCCACUGCUGUAUCUUGCCCACACAAAAUAUGUAUCUAGGAAUUUUCCUCUUCAAGCACACUUCUCUUCAAUAAAUAUCUAUAGAGUCUAUAGUUUUUUUCUUCUGUCCUUUUAUCCCUAAAAAAAUUACUAAAUUGUUUGAUGUGCUCUGGACAAGUGCUGUCAAUAUUUCCCCACUCCCAACAUCACCCGAUUCUCAUUCACAUAGACCUCAAAUUACAAUCAAUAAACUCAAAACCAUACUGGAACCUGCGGAAGGGCAACUUGAAUGCCUACAUCAGAUACAUAUAAACCAUCAUGAACCAGAUCCUAACCCUCCCCAAAAACUACAACCGUUUCAACCAACUUCUGAAACUGGCAGCCACCAAGUUUGUAAUCUGGGGCUUGAGAAAAACCUCCAUCCCUUGCUGGACUUCAGAAACUGACUUGCUUUUAAAAGAAUACAGGGAAAAUAAAGGCCCUGAAGUGUCAAAAGACCUACUCGACGCCUUUUGAUAUAGCACGCCUUUUGAUGAAGGACGCCUCACAAGAUACCAAGAAACAGUGGAGAACAUUGACUUCACGCAUCAAGCUGAAGGGCUUCGGGACUCCUGAGGUCAGCUGACCAACAACCACACCAGCAGCCCAGAGAGUCACCGCUGAUGCCAUUACCUCACAACUCCUAGAAAAAAAAUCGAAAACACAGCAGGGAAGACAAGCGGACAGUAAGAACAGCCCUGAUGCAAUCUCAUAAGACUGCCCCAGAGCAGACAGACUUAUGAACCCCUUACACAGAAUAGGAAGUGGACCGUGCCCUGAUAGCAAACAAGUCAGAUAAAGCUCCAGAAGCCAAUGGGAUUUAUCCAGAAUUCUUGAAAAACAUCGGACCGCACAGAAGGAAGUGGUUAGCAAAGCUGUUUCUAACAUACACAGCACAGGCACCACUGCAAACAUCUGGUGCCAAUUCAAGAUAGUGGCCAUCGUUAAGCCAGGGAAACCACCUGACAACCCAUGUAGCUACCGCCCCAUCGCUCUGCCCAACAACAUAUAAGGUCGUGGAAUGCCUCUUGCUAAACAUACUGAGCCCUACCCUUACCCUAGAAGCAGUGAUGCCCCCUCAACAAGCAUAUUUCCACGCACGCCGCAACUACUCUGAGCAGGUCCUGACACUGACCUCUCACAAUGAGACCAGAUUCCAGGAAGGCCUAAAGACAGGAGCCGCCUUUGUGGACCUCUCCUGUGCCAAUGACAGAGUGGAGCACAGGCAUGCUGCUGAAAGUUUCCAAAACCAUCCAUUGCUUAAAAACCCUGCAACUAAUCAACUGCAUGAUCGGCAACCAACAGCUCCAUGUGUACCAUGAAGGUCAAAUCAGCCGCCCAUGCACAAUAAAAAAUGGGCCCCCACAGGGAUCAGUUGUCGUACCAGCCCUCUUCAACAUGUAUGUGUGUUGACCUUUAGCACUGUACAUAGCCAACCUCGCUAAUCAGAGUUUGCUGGACAAACUAAACACAAAUUCGUUCAUAUAAAUAUUCACCAGUUACCUCCCUCCCCUCAAAGUCAUGGCUAUAUACCAAGGACAUGGCCCUGGCUUGCCAGGUUAAGGAACUCCGGAGCAUUUAGAAAAUAAUCACUGGUGAUAUAUGUUCUCUGGAAGUCUACUUCAGAGAAUGGAGGCUCUGACCAAACGCUGAUAAGAUUGUCGCUUCAGCCUUCCACCCGAACAACUUGAAGGCGUGGAAAUAACUUACUGUCCAGUUCUGUGGCAACCCACUAAUGAUCGAACACCAAACAUACUUUGACAUCACUCUUGACUGUACAUUGACCUACCGGCAGCAUAUCCAUAAUACCGGAUCCAAGGUCAAGACAAGGGUCAACCUCGUGUAAAAAUUGGCAGGCACCAUCUGGGGCAGCAGAGCCAGCAUUCCACACACUGCUUCACUCACCCUGGUAUACCGAACAGCGGGGUAAAACUGCUCAACCUAGUUCAGGAGUUGUCACACAAACCUGAUAGAUGGCCACCUCCAGGCAGCCAUGAGGACCAUCUCUGAAGCACUGAGACCAACACCGCUUGAGUGGCUUCCUGUACUAGCCCAGUACAAGAAGCCACUCAGAACAGGAAGCCACUGCAGGUGUAGUGCAGUGCAACCAGGAGGCAUACUAUAAAGGCUGUUGCCAUUUAUUAAAAUAUUAAAACACUCUCACACUUGACAUCCGACACUGACCCCAGUGUAGGUGCACUCUAUCUCGGUCCUUCAUCCGGACACUGAAUACUAUUGGACCUUAUCCUUGGCUAUCCCUUUGGCUCUCUCACUCGUCUGUCCGGAGUGGGAGUUCAGCCAACACUGCUCUGCGUUGAGGAAAGAGAAACUCACUCCGGCAGGUCCUUACCCUGGCUCCCCACGACGUCACGGGAUCCCCCUUAAGAACCCCCCAGGUGGCUCCUUCCCCUGGCUCGGCCCCGCCCAUGUUCCCGAAAGUGCUCUCUGAAAGCCCUUUACGUACCCCGUGACGUUACGUCAUUCUUGACUGUCAACCCGCUCGCACCUCCUUCUGUUCGCUCCCUCAUUGGUUACUCGCAAUACUCCUCUACACAGGGAAAGCAUUCUCCUAAAAGAACACCACUAGCUGUCGGCCAAUGAAGCCCUCCCUCUAAAAAAUGCAAACCCCGAACGUGUUUGAAAUCCCGCAGCCCCUACUGGAGUACAGCCCUACUGCUCGAUGCCAUAACUCCUGGUUGACUGCAAACAUCACCAAUUGUAACCUAGUAACUGACCCAAGUAGUGAAGUCCCAGGGUUCAACCUACAACACACUUGGUCAACCCUCAACUGCUUGAAGACAGGCCAGGGGAGAUUUGGCCAGGGGAAGUGACGUGGCAGGAGGCGGGGUGGGGCCACGCUCGGGGAGCGGAAGAGGAGGCAGGGCCUUCGGACCGUGUGUGUGGAGGACUGGCGGUGUGUGGUCACGCCGGGGGAAGCGGGAGCCGACGGUGUUAGGGGCUCAGGGUAUGAGGAAUCCUCUCUCUCUCUCUCGUUGGGGUCUAGUGUAGCCCUUGUUGGGGUUAGUGUAGCCUUGUUACUGGUUAGGGACUGGAAUAAAGUGUGGUGCCUCCUAUCUCAGUGUGUGCCUCGUCAGUCACGCAUUACAUGUGUAUUAAAAUAGCCGUACCAACGGUAAUCCCUAUUGAAGUAUGGUGCCCUUCAUAGGCAUGCAUUUAAACGAUAUAUUAUUUAAUGAUUCACUUCCCCGCAGCACUAAGGUGAUAGCUAACCGAACAGUUGCAUUUGCUUUUAUUUCCUUCUAUUUCGAUAGAUUAACUAAUUAGUCUUGGCCAGUAGUGGGUAGUUUUGCA